GUUGCAGAACUUGGUAGCUGGACUGAGCAGUCUAAGACACUGGUUUCUUAUUCUUAAUAAGAUAAAAUAUAACAAAAACAGUUAUAAGUUUAACAAUGACUAUUUAAUCAGUCAUAAUUCAAUAUAUAUAUGUGUAUAAAUAAAUAACCCUAGAGCGAAAACAGUACAGAGACCCCCCUUGGACGUUAUUCGUCGUGCGUAAACAUGGGAAAAGUUGUAGUAUUAUAGUAAAUAAUCUAGGUCACUUGGUCAGGUCAUAAAUAUAUAUAUAUAUAAUCGGGGUAAACAUUAACCUGGUAAUGGUUUGAAGAUGAUGGUUCACAGGUGGUUCGCUCUGGUAAAUAUGGUAUAUGGAACAAAAUGGUCAAGGUUCCGUGAGCUGUGAACUAACUAGAAUCGUCUGCUACAACCGUUUAUAUAGUACCGGAAGUCCGCGGACACAGAAAGUGUGUCCGUUACUAUAGGGAUAAGUGUGUCCGGCGAAAUAACGUAGUGAUUGGUUAUUAAAUCACAUAUACAUAGUAAAGGGCUCUGGAAACUAGGCCAUCUCCGUCAAUUCCGAUUGGUCUUUAGAACCGGGAGUUUCCACGGCAAUAAUAUAGAAGAUGGCGCAAAAACAAAUAGGAAUGUACAACUGUCGAGGGAAAAAGGGAGAUAUUACUUUGUCUAAACACCAUAAUUCAAAAGAGCAUAGCUAUGGUAAUGGACAUGGUUAUGGACACGGACAUUCUCAGACGCAUUUUGGACAGGGUCAUGGUCAUGAUCAGGACCAAGAUAGCAAAGGUCACAAUUCGAACGGUCAUGGGCAUGGCCACAUCAAUGGUCAUAUAGUCUCAAACCUCGGUCACCUACUAAAUGGCUACAAUGUGCCAUUAAACUACAAUUUAUUAAACCACCAAACAACUAAACAGUCAAUUACUACAGAAAACCACGUUCAUCAGCAAAAUAAAAUCUAUUUUGAAAGUUGGCAAGCUAAUUGGUGGAAUAAACAUUUAGAUAUCUGUGGAAAACAAGAAGUAGAACCACGAUUUUCAUUAAGCAGAAUAAUAGGAGGAAGGGAAGCUAUAAAAGGUAGCUGGCCAUGGAUGAUUUCCUUGUUCAACAACCUUCUCAGACAGCCAACUUGUGCAGCAGUAUUAAUAUCAGAACAAUGGGCAUUAACAGCAGGUCACUGUUUUUCAAGGAUGUUUGACAACGAAACGUUUAUAACUGCUAGGAUAGGCCUGCACAAUGCUUCUGCGUUUGCUGAAGAUCCGAAUGAGCAAGCAUUUAAGAUUAUCAAAGUAAUAAAACACCAAGGAAUGGAUGCAAGCAAUGUACCUUUUAAUAAUGAUAUUGCUUUACUCAAACUUGACCGGACUGUGUCAUACAGCUCUGCUGUUCGACCGGUAUGUCUGCCAGAUAAUACAAACAUAGACCCAACAGUAUGUGCUAUUAGUGGAUGGGGACGUUACAGAGAACCAAGAAAGACACCCGAUCCAGAUGCUUGGCCGCAAAUUUUACAACAAACCCGUGUUCCAAUACUUCCACAAGAUAUAUGUAUGUCAAACUAUAAAAAUAAAAUCACAGACAAUAUGUUUUGUGCCGGAUAUGAACAAGGAGGUGUCGACGCAUGUCAAGGUGACAGUGGUGGGCCUUUACAAUGUCAGGAAGAUGGACGCUGGUGCUUAAGAGGAAUAAUAAGUUGGGGAGGAAUAACCUACACUGAAUGUGCACAACCACUUCAACCAGGUGUUUACACAAAAGUAUAUAACUACGUUGAUUGGAUAUUGCACAAUAUAUACGAAAAUACGUGAUCCAAAACCAAAAAGAAACCAUUGUUUAGGACAACAGAUACUUACUCUUGAUGGAACAAUUGUUUUGACGACAAGGCUUACUUACUCUUGAUUAUAUAAAUUAGUUUUGUAAACUGUCAAUCAUUUUCAACAAACACGUUAUUCAAUUGAACCAUAUAAAAAGAUCAUUGUACGGUUUUUUCAUCUCUCAAAUCUUCAUCUACUAGUAUUAAAUUAAUGAAAUGUUUACACGUACAAUUACUACAUUAAUAUGGUUUCCAACAAUGUA